AUGUACCGCGCCGUGAGCAACGAGGUGCAGGCGCAGCCGCAGGCACAGGCACAGCCCAAGUUCAAAGUCCUGAAGGCUUUGGGGCGCGGCAGCUAUGGGACUGUCUAUAAGGUGCAGCGGCUGGCAGACGGCCAGGCGUAUGCCAUGAAGGAGACCGACAUUGGGAAGAUGAGCCACCAGGAGCGCAGCGACGCAGCUCUGGCCGUCUAA